CCAACAUCAGAACCUCAGAUGUUACUCUAAUUUUUGCACCAUCCCAGGCAAGUUGUCUUUAUGUGGAAAUAAAAUUGAAUCUUGGGGAUCUGAUGGAAAUUCACUGUGACAUUCAAACCAUGAAAACUUGCUGAAACCCACAGAGCCUUUUCUCCAUGGGCCCUGAUGGUAGCCUCCAGAAGGAGCACCCUCAGGUGGUCCCUCUUCUGUGGCAAGAAUAAACUUCGGGUCUUGGAUUGCAACACCACCUGUGGAGAAAAUGGUAUACGAGGGAAAGCGAUCAACCUCUUGCCCUUGUUUCUUCCUCUUGACCGCCAAGUUCUACUGGAUCCUCACAAUGAUGCAGAGAACUCACAGCCAGGAGUAUGCCCAUUCCAUACGGGUGGAUGGAGACAUCAUCCUGGGGGGUCUCUUUCCUGUCCAUGCAAAGGGAGAGAGAGGGGUGCCUUGUGGGGAGUUGAAGAAGGAAAAGGGGAUCCACAGACUUGAGGCCAUGCUUUAUGCAAUUGACCAGAUUAAUAAGGACCCUGACCUGCUCUCCAACAUCACUCUGGGUGUCCGGAUCCUUGACACAUGCUCCAGGGACACUUAUGCUUUGGAGCAGUCACUCACUUUUGUGCAGGCGUUAAUAGAGAAAGAUGCUUCUGAUGUGAAGUGUGCUAAUGGAGAUCCACCCAUUUUCACCAAGCCUGACAAAAUUUCUGGCGUCAUAGGUGCUGCAGCAAGCUCUGUGUCCAUCAUGGUUGCUAACAUUUUAAGACUUUUUAAGAUACCUCAAAUCAGCUAUGCAUCCACAGCCCCAGAGCUAAGUGAUAACACCAGAUAUGACUUUUUCUCUCGGGUGGUCCCGCCGGACUCCUACCAAGCGCAGGCCAUGGUGGACAUCGUGACGGAGCUGGGAUGGAAUUAUGUGUCUACGCUGGCUUCCGAAGGGAACUACGGAGAGAGUGGUGUGGAGGCCUUCACGCAGAUCUCCAGGGAGAUUGGUGGUGUUUGCAUUGCUCAAUCCCAGAAAAUUCCACGUGAGCCAAGACCAGGGGAAUUUGAAAAAAUCAUCAAACGCCUCCUAGAAACACCUAAUGCUCGGGCUGUGAUUAUGUUUGCCAAUGAGGAUGACAUCAGGAGAAUAUUGGAAGCAGCAAAAAAAUUAAACCAAAGUGGCCAUUUUCUCUGGAUUGGCUCAGAUAGUUGGGGAUCCAAAAUAGCACCUGUCUAUCAGCAGGAGGAGAUUGCAGAAGGAGCUGUGACAAUUUUGCCCAAAAGAGCGUCAAUUGAUGGCUUUGAUCGAUACUUUAGAAGUCGCACCCUUGCCAAUAAUCGAAGAAAUGUAUGGUUUGCUGAAUUUUGGGAAGAGAAUUUUGGAUGCAAGUUAGGAUCACAUGGAAAAAGGAACAGUCAUAUGAAGAAAUGCACAGGGCUAGAGCGAAUUGCACGGGACUCAUCUUAUGAACAGGAAGGAAAGGUCCAAUUUGUAAUUGAUGCAGUAUAUUCCAUGGCUUAUGCCCUGAAUAAUAUGCACAAAGAUCUCUGCCCUGGAUCCAUUGGCCUUUGUCCACGAAUGAGUACCAUUGAUGGGAAAGAGCUACUUGGUUAUAUUCGGGCUGUAAAUUUUAAUGGUAGUGCUGGAACACCUGUCACUUUUAAUGAGAACGGUGAUGCUCCUGGACGUUAUGAUAUCUUCCAGUAUCAAAUAACCAACAAAAAUACAGAAUACAAAAUCAUUGGGCACUGGACCAAUCAGCUUCACCUAAAAGUGGAAGACAUGCAGUGGGCUAAUAGAGAACACACCCACCCUGCGUCUGUCUGCAGCCUGCCGUGUAAGCCUGGGGAGAGGAAGAAAACGGUGAAGGGAGUCCCCUGCUGCUGGCACUGUGAGCGCUGUGAAGGUUACAAUUACCAGGUGGACGAGCUCUCCUGCGAACUUUGCCCUUUGGAUCAGAGACCAAACAUCAACCGUACAGGCUGCCAGCUUAUCCCCAUCAUCAAGUUGGAGUGGCAUUCUCCCUGGGCCGUGGUGCCCGUGUUCAUUGCGAUAUUGGGCAUCGUUGCCACCACCUUCGUGAUUGUGACCUUUGUCCGCUACAAUGACACGCCUAUCGUGAGGGCUUCAGGACGUGAGCUUAGUUACGUGCUCCUAACAGGGAUUUUUCUCUGUUAUUCAAUCACCUUUUUAAUGAUUGCAGCACCAGAUACAGUCAUAUGCUCCUUCCGACGGAUCUUCCUAGGACUUGGCAUGUGUUUCAGCUAUGCAGCCCUUCUUACCAAAACAAACCGAAUCCACCGAAUAUUUGAGCAGGGAAAGAAAUCUGUCACGGCACCCAAGUUUAUUAGUCCAGCAUCCCAGCUGGUGAUCACCUUCAGCCUCAUCUCCAUACAGCUCCUCGGAGUAUUCGUCUGGUUUGUUGUGGACCCCCCACACAUCAUUAUUGACUAUGGGGAACAGCGGACGCUAGAUCCGGAGAACGCCAGGGGAGUGCUCAAGUGUGACAUUUCUGACCUCUCGCUCAUUUGUUCACUUGGAUACAGUAUCCUCUUGAUGGUCACUUGUACUGUUUAUGCCAUUAAAACGAGAGGUGUUCCAGAGACUUUCAAUGAAGCCAAACCUAUUGGAUUUACUAUGUAUACCACCUGCAUCAUUUGGUUAGCUUUCAUUCCCAUCUUUUUUGGUACAGCCCAGUCAGCAGAAAAGAUGUACAUCCAGACAACAACACUUACUGUCUCCAUGAGUUUAAGUGCUUCGGUGUCUCUGGGCAUGCUCUAUAUGCCCAAAGUUUAUAUUAUAAUUUUUCAUCCAGAGCAGAAUGUUCAAAAACGCAAGAGGAGCUUCAAGGCUGUGGUGACAGCUGCCACCAUGCAAAGCAAACUGACCCAAAAAGGAAAUGACAGACCAAAUGGCGAGGUGAAAAGUGAACUCUGUGAGAGUCUUGAAACCAACAGUAAGUCAUCAGUAGACUUUCCGAUGAUCAAGAGCGGGAGCACUUCCUAAUAGAUCUUCCUCUACCAAGACAACAUAUAUCAGCUACAGCAAUCAUUCAAUCUGAAACAGGGAAAUGAUACAAUCUGAAGAAAUGUGAUUUGUGAUCUUAAACAAUGAACACAACACCGCAAAAACUCACUCCUGAAGAUCUCUGUAGACUACAAUCAAUCAAAUCAAUAGUCAGUCUCUUAAGGAACAAAGAUUAGCCAUGAGCCAAAAGUAUCAAUAACUGAGAGUGAAGAAAUCUGUUUUAUAAAAAUACAACCAAUGAGUGUAAAGCUAAAAUAUUGCUUACUCCUGAGCAGUUACAAAAAAAAAAAAAAAAAAAAAAAA